GCCCAGCUAAAGACGAUAUUGAAACGUUUCAGGAACUAGCCCCACAGUGGCUUCUCCAUACUCUAGCGUCGUUAUACUGGCGCGUCCGGGGAAACAACCAGAACGCGCUGCAAUGCCUAGUGAGCGCGGGCCGCACGGUCAAAGGGCGGUUCAAGGACGUCGUGUUCGCUUCGCUCGCUUCCGUGUUACUUGAGAUGGGGUACUUCGAUGAAGCCCUGCUGGCGACUGAGGAGGCUUUCCGACAUAGUCUAUUCGAGCCAGCAACAAACUUCAUCCUAGCAGAGCUGAACAUGGUGAAAAAGCAACGCAGCACGCACAUGUUCCAUCUUAAGCAGACGGUGCGAGUGGAGCCCGGCUUCCUGGGGGGCCUGGCUCGCCACAUGCUCAACGCUUGGGCGUGCGCGCUCCAGGAGACCAAGCAAUCUAACAAGGUCCAUGAAAUAGAGUUUGCCGAGGCUGAGCUGACAGACGUGUGCCUGGUGUGCGAGAAGGGCGGCACCAACUGUCACGUGAGCAACAUACACUGCUACAACAGCCGCGAAAGAGGUUAACACCAAUAAAUGUGUUUCAUUUGUU